GGGGGGCGGUGCGGGCUCCCGCUUAGGAGAACGGCGGAGGUGUCGGGUACGCUUCUUUACUGCCAGGGUUAUGGCCACGGUGCGGGAGAAGGCAGCCGGACUGAACCUCUCGGCUCUGCAAGUCCCCUCGCCGAAGCCUCCAGGUUUCAGCAUGGCCCAGAAGCCAUUUGGAGCCACUUAUGUGUGGAGCAGCAUCAUAAGCACUCUCCAGACACAAGUAGAGGUCAAACGGCGAAGGCACCAUUUAAAGCGGCACAACGACUGCUUUGUGGGUUCCGAAGCUGUGGAUGUCAUUUAUUCGCACCUAAUUCAGAAUAAGUACUUCGGGGAUGUCGAUAUUCCUCGGGCCAAAGUGGUGAGGGUGUGUCAGGCACUUAUGGACUACAAAGUAUUCGAAGCGGUUCCAACCAGAGUCUUCGGCAAAGACAGAAAACCUGCUUUUGAAGAUAGUAGUUGCAGCCUGUAUAGAUUCACAACAAUCCCAAACCAAGACUGUCAAGUAGGCAAAGAGAACAAACUAUAUUCACCUUCUGGGUACACAGGUGCACUAUUUCCGUCAUCUGAUAUCAAAUCAGACAGUUUAGAAGAUCUGUGGAAAAAUUUGAGCUUAAAGCCUGCUAAUUCCCCGCGUGUAAAUCUCUCUGCAUCCCUGUCUCCACAAGUUAUUAAUGAAGUAUGGCAAGAAGAAACAAUUGGGCGCCUGCUACAGCUUGUAGACCUUCCACUUCUUGACUCCUUACUCAAACAGAAAGAGGUUGUAUCUAAAGUUCCUCAACCAAAGAGGCAGCCUGACAUGAUCAACAGCAGUAACUAUCUGGAUCGAGGGAUUCUCAGGGCCUACAGUGACUCUCAAGAUGACGAGUGGCUCUCUGCAGCGAUCGACUGCCUGGAGUACCUUCCAGACCCUACAGUGGUGGCCAUAAGCAGAAGCUUUCCCGAGCAGCCGGACAGAACAGACCUGGUGAAGGAGCUUCUGUUUGAUGCCAUUGGCAAGUACUACAGUAGUCGGGAGCCUCUACUGAAUCACUUGUCCGAUGUUCACAAUGGAAUCGCAGAACUCCUGGUAAAUGGGAAGACUGAAAUAGCGUUAGAAGCUACUCAGCUCUUUCUGAAGCUUUUGGAUUCCCAAAACAGAGAAGAAUUUAGACGACUACUGUAUUUCAUGGCUGUUGCAGCACAUCAUUCAGAAUUUAAAUUACAGAAAGAAAGUGACAAUCGAAUGGUUGUGAAAAGGAUAUUUUCAAAAGCUAUUGUUGACAAUAAAAAUUUAUCCAAAGGCAAAACUGAUCUUCUGGUACUCUUUUUGAUGGAUCAUCAAAAAGAUGUUUUUAAGAUUCCUGGAACUCUACAUAAAAUUGUUAGUGUUAAGCUUUUGGCAAUACAGGAAGGAAAAGAUCCAAAUAAAGACACAGGAUAUAUUUACUGCCAGAGAAUCGAUCCAAGUGUCUAUUCCAGCAGUACACUGAAGAAAACCAAAGAUGAACUAUUGAAUUUACUAAAAGCUAUUGAUGAGGAUUCAAAACUAUCUGCCAAAGAGAAGAAGAAAUUGCUACAUCAGUUCUAUAAGUGUCACCCAAAUAUCUAUAUUGAGUAUUUUGGAGACUGAAUUUCUAAUGUCUGUAUAUAAGUUUUGUGUUUUAAGAACAAAUUAUGUAUUCCCAAGAUCCGAUCACAUUUGGAAGUUCUAAAUAUGAGACUGUACUUAAUAAAAAGUUUUUUUAUAACCUUGUUUGACAGAAACUGAGUAGUAGUGAGAUAGUGUAUUGCCAGGAAGUACUAAUCUCUCUUAGGUGAAUUGAUUUGUAGUUAUAGUUUGUAGGGCUCAACCUUAUAGGGAUUUAGAUGAUUUGACUUGUAGUAUUUAUACAGUAAGCUAUUUAACAGUAAGGAGGGCUACCAUUACAUAUUAAUAGGAUUAUGGUUUAUAUUUUUAAGAGGUAGUGCUUGCUUUGGCAGCACAUAUACUAAUACAGAGAAGAUUAACAUGGCCCUUGUGCAAGGAUGCCAUGCAAAUUUGUGAAGCGUUCUAUAUGUUUUUGAGAACUACCUGUUCCACAUAUAUUUUUAGAGCUAUUUCUUAAUUAUACAUGCAAAAUAGGAAUUUAGGCUAUGAUAAAAUGAAUUACCGCAAAUUAUAGACAAGUCAGAAAUCAGACCAUCCUAAUGUUUCUGAAAACUUCAACACACUUCCAAGUUUAUUAUGGGAGAUCUCAAACAUAUACAAAACCUAUGGCUACCCAUCAACCAAUUUCAACAAUUGCCAACUUAUGGGCAAUCUUUCAACUGUCUCUGCCCAUUCGAUGGGUCCACCCCAGGACAUUUCAGAUAUCCUAUCUCUUCAUGUAUAAAAUUUCAGUAUGUGUGACCAAAAGAGGACAUUAAGAACAACUACAGCUGAGAAUGGUGGUGUGUCUGUAAUCUCAGCAUUCAGGAGGCGGAGGCAAAUAGACAGCUGCAAGUUCAAGGCCAGUCUGGGCUA